GGAGGUUGGUUGGCGAGUGUGCAAGUUGAGGCGAAGGAGAGAAGGGAGGCGGAGGAGGGGGGGCUUGACUGCUUUCUCCUGUGUGUUAGCAUCAGCCGCCAGUUGGUGGCAGUGCACAGCCACUGCGUUCCAGUGCAGCCUCUAGUCAACACGCUUGCUUCUGAAGUGGGAAGCGCACAGCACUGUUGGGGGAGCAACACACAGCAGCUAUCAUGCGAGGUGGAUGCAGCCUUCAGGCAAGUUGAUCUCUGCACUUCACGGGCUCCAUGGACGAUUCUCAUUUUAAUGGUGAACUGAGCAACAUUUAAGCCCAGAAUCUUGCAUCCAGGAGAGACUUUGUUUCCAUCCUUUGUUGCACCCCACAGUGCAAUAGUUGGGGUGCCAUGGCUGAAGUGGGAGUUCAGGAGCCAACCCUGCCCUGCAAAAGUUUGGCAGGUGGGGGAUCCCUGCUGGACAGCCAAGAAGAUAGUGGGUGGCAACCGCGGGCAGAGGAGGAGAUGGGGGAGUGCCAGAUGAGAAGUCCCUCCACCCUGUCCUGCCCAGAUAAAGAGGACAACGGCGGCAACUCUCCUAAGCCCGGGCACCUUGGCCAGGGCAAAUCCGAGCAGCAGGAAGAGGAGUGGAAGGAGCUGGGCAAGAAGAGGCAUCGAAGGCGCCCGUCCAAGAAGAAGAGGAGGUGGAAGCCUUACAACAAGCUGACCUGGGAGGAGAAGAAGCGGCUGGAGGAGCGCGAGUCGCAGAGGGCAUCCAAGAUGAGGGCUGAGAUGUUUGCCAAAGGGCAGCCGGUGGCGCCCUACAACACCACGCAGUUCCUGAUGGAGGACCACGACCAGGAGGAGCCGGACCUGUGCCCCCCGCCGCGGAGAGGCCUGGCCUCGCUCCCCUCCUUCCAUGCCAACUCUUUCGCCAAAGACGACAGCACGGAGGAGGACGUGGAGGAGGAGGAGGACGGGACUGGCAGCGACGGCCUGGGCAGCGACGACGGGGCCGAGUUCUUACAGAGGGACUUUUCCGAGACCUACGAGAAGUAUCACGCGGAGAGCCUGCAGGACAUGAGCAAGCAGGAGCUGAUCCGGGAGUACCUGGAGCUGGAGAAGUGCCUGAGCCGCAUGGAGGAGGAGAACAACAGCCUGCGGAUGAUCAGAGAGCCGGCCACCGCCACCCAGGAGUCCAGGAUCCGGCAGCUGGAGCUGGAGCUGGAGAAGCUGAAGGAGGAGAACCGCCGCCUGCUGCGGGAGCCCCGGGACACGGACUCCUCUCCGUGCUGACUGGUACUGGAGAGCCAUAGACUCCCGACUGCGACUUCAUGGCGUCUGUAGAGCUGUUUGUUCUGUUCUGAAGGCCUCCUGUCCUUGUAUACUCUGCUCUUUAUCUUUUUGCCUUCUUCCCACUUUUUUUUUUUUUGUCAGAAUUUUUUUUUAAAUAAAUGUUAAAAUUUGACAACUA